AUGGCGGCAGCUGUUAGCCCGACGUCCGUGGAGUCGGCCCCCCGGAUAAUGAAGCUGGUGGCCGAGUGCAGCCGAUCUAGGGCCCGAGCAGGGGAGCUGCGGCUGCCGCACGGGCCGGUAGCCACUCCCGUGUUCAUGCCAGUGGGCACGCAGGCCACUAUGAAGGGCAUCACGGCCGAGCAGCUGGACGCCCUGGGUUGCCGCAUCUGCCUGGGCAACACCUACCAUCUGGGCCUGAGGCCGGGCCCCGAGCUGAUCCAGAAAGCGCACGGUCUCCACGGCUUCAUGAACUGGCCCCACAAUCUGCUGACGGACAGCGGCGGCUUCCAGAUGGUGUCUCUGGUGUCCCUGUCCGAGGUGACGGAGGAGGGCGUCCGCUUCCGCUCCCCUUACGACGGCGACGAGUCCCUUCUGAGCCCCGAGAAGUCCGUGGAGAUCCAGAACGCCUUAGGCCCGGGGGUGGGGCCCUCGGUGAUGGACAAGCCCUGGAUCUACCGGCUACCGGCACGUGGCUCUACCUUCAAGGCAGGUGGCCCGGAGAUCCUCGUCCAGCCCGCCCUGGAUGAUGGCAAAGAGCGCUUUGGCUCUGCCUUGGUGCCCACCGGGAACCUGCAGCUGAAGAAGAAACAGUAUGAGAAAGACUUCCGGCCCAUAGACCCCGAGUGUGCCUGUCCCACCUGCCAGAAGCACAGCCGGGCCUUCCUGCACGCACUGCUCCACAGCGACAACACCGCUGCCCUGCACCACCUCACCGUCCACAAUAUCGCCUACCAGCUGCGGCUGAUGAGCGCUGUGCGUGCCAGCAUCGUGGAGAAGCGCUUCCCUGACUUCGUGCAGGACUUCAUGGGCACCAUGUAUGGGGACCCCACCCUCUGUCCUGCCUGGGCCACCGAAGCCCUGGCCUCUGUAGGAAUCACACUGCGUUGA